AUGAUGAAUGGUAGAAGUGGAAGAGACUCUCUCUAUGGAUCCCUCAACCAUCACCGACGAAGCAAUACCUUCAAUAAUCACUCCAAUGGUGUUUCCAUCAACAACAACCACGAUGAUAACGCCCUUGAUCUAUUCUCCAACAACCGGCGUUCACUCUCUCUACCUUCUUCAGAUGACUCUUCUGACGUUUCUGUGAAAUUGGGGAGACUCUCAGUUGGAGGAGCAAAGCCAGCUAGAAAUGGGAUUGAGGAUAUGUUGGCAUCUGUAGAAGGAGGAAAGCAUGACUAUGAUUGGCUCCUCACUCCGCCCGGAACUCCGGUUUUUCCACCAUCAGAAAGUGAAUCACAACCAACCUUGGCGCCUCCGAGAAGAAGUUUGAGUAGAUCAACUUCUACCACUAAGGCCUCAAGGCUUUCGGUCUCACAAUCUGAGAGCAACAAUCACUCUAGACCAGCAAGAAGCAGUUCAGUGACUCGUCCUUCAAUCUCCACUUCACACUCGCAGUAUAACAACAACUAUUCUUCAAACAGAUCCUCCUCCACAAAUAUCCUCAACACAAGCUCAGCCUCAGUUUCAUCUUACAUUAGACCAUCUUCCCCGAUAACCCGUUCGACAUCUUCGACUAGGCCUUCAACUCCUACUUCCCGCACAACACCAUCAAGGUCCUCAACACCCUCCAGAAUACGUUCAGUUUCAACGAGCUCUACUGCUGAAAAGCCUAGACCAAUAUCACAAAGCUCAAGGCCUUCCACUCCUAGUUCUAGGCCUCAGGUUCCUGCAAACUUACAUUCUCCAUCUGCACCACCAACUCGUUCAUUAUCCCGUCCCUCUACUCCCACUCGUAGGAGUUCAAUACCAUCACUUUCUCCUUCCUCUGCAACAAAUUCUUCAACUUCAGCUGGACGUGUUUCAUUGAAUGGACGUAGUUCAGCACCAUCCUCACGGCCAAGCUCACCGAGUCCACGAAUCCGACCCCCACCACAGCCUGUUGUUCCAUCCGAUUUUCCCCUUGAUACACCACCAAACCUCAGAACAACGUUACCUGAUAGGCCAGUCUCUGCUGGUAGGUCCCGUCCUGGUGCUAACACUCUGAAGGGAAAUAGUUCUGAAACUCAAGCGUCAGUUAAUAUGCCAAGGCGAGCUUCGUCUCCUAUUGUCAGUAGAGGCAGAUCGACAGAACCUGUCAGUAAAAGUCGUGGCUUUGCCAACGGCAAUGGCCAUCAUACCGAUGUUCAUGAGCCUAGAAAAGCUUCACAUGCUCCCGAGGUAGCUGCAAGAAGAUCGGUUAAAGCCUCAACCAACACAACUGACAACUCUGGAUUUGGGAGGAAUAUCUCAAAGAAAUCCUUGGACAUGGCAAUCAAGCACAUGGACAUAAGGAACGGCUCAGGAAACCAUCGUGCACUAUCAAGCACCACACUCUUUCCACAAAGUAUUCGAAAUUCCACCCCCAAGACUCAAUACCACCGCGGUUCAAGUGCUCCGCCAACAUCUAUCGAAGUGAACGGAAACAUACUAAACAAAAGCAACGGAUCCCAUUUUGACGUGGUAAACGGAAUCAAUAGAAAUAUGAUAAAAGGAAGAGAGAUAGAUGAAAGACAAUACUCAGCCAAACUGAGUGAAAUUGACGUAUACGAGAGCUCUCGUUAUGAUGCGCUGUUGCUUAAAGAAGAUUUGAAGAACACAAACUGGCUGCAUAGUGUUGAUGAUAAAUUUGAUCAAGGCUCCUUAUUAUUUGAUACUGGAUUUGAGAACCUGCCUGAGCCUUUUGGUCUCUUAUAG